GUCUUCUGGAUAUAUAAUUUAGUUGCUAUCUUGCCGCUGUGAAGUGAAGUCAAAUUAAUAAUGAGUGGAAAAAGUAUUCGUGAAGUACAACAAUCCUUUGCCGAAUCGCUUGGAUUUGGUAAGGAGACCAUCUGGGACCUUUUGUCAAAUAGGCAAUCCGAAAUAUUAGAAAAAAAGAUCCGCACCCUUAUUCCUGAUCCUGAAAAUUACAAACAACGUGCAGUAUUUGACAGAAUACGUCAAACUUUAUUCGAUGCAGUUUGGGAACAACGUAAAUACACAAAUGGCCAGUCGUUAACAUCGAUCUUCUAUGUGCUGGUUGCCACCGAUGAGACGGAUGAAGAUGAUGCUAGGAAUUCCACAAAAUGGUCUUGUCAUCCUGUUUUUCGUGCACGUCGCUGCGUUUCCAGUCGCAAUGGACGCAGCAACAACAGCGUCGAUUGUUGCAUGAUUUAUGUGGACGAAAAUGGGCGUGUCUAUCAGAACUGGAAGUCCUACUUGGAUAACAACGAGUUGCCCGAAGGGAUUAUGGUGGCACCUCCCCGAGGUGUCUACAAACUCACAUCGAAAGGCAGAGUUAUAUUGCAAUCAAGGGAAACGCCAGCAGCGGGAGCAAUUCGCAAAGCAGUUGGCGUCCUAGACACGGCUUCGGCGGUGGGUGGCUUAGGAGCAACAGCUGUGCCCGUCAUUGGGAUGUUCUGCACAGUCGCUGCCCCAAUUGUGCUGACAGCUUCCAUUGUUGGUGGUGGUUGUGCUGUCUAUUCGACGCUACGAGCUGGUGCUCAGCUUAUCGAUCGCAGUAUGCACGAUCAGUCGAUCAAUGUGACAGAUCGCACGGCACGCGGUCAAUGGUUGGGCGUGGUGGGUGGUGUUGUUGGUCUUGGGGCAUCACGUGCUACAUCAAAUGCGAUUAAGGUCACAAAUGCCGGUAAACGAGUGGGCACAGUUGCUCAGUGGACUGUUAACGGCAUGAACAUUUCAUCCAUUGCGAUGUCUGCUACGGGCUUAACGAAUGGUAUCAUCGAUUUAGUACUGAAACACGACGAUGGUGACGACAUAUCCACCUUGGAUGUGUUACAGUUGUCUGCUUCUCUUUUCCUGUUCACGCACAGUCUCUACAAUUUCCAGCUGGCAUCGAGCAUCAUAGAUGACACGUCCAACAAACGUAUAGGAUCGUAUCGCAAGACUCUAAGCAAUCGACAGAGACGGAUGUUCGACAAGAUGGUCAAGGAGACGACUCGCAUCAAGGGCGUUCGUCAAGCCAACGUGGACAUUAUACGCAAUGUGAACGAUAUACCGUCGCGUCAGCAGUUCAAUGAUCUGUACAAGAUCAACACUAAAUUGAAAGAACAUGACAUUAUUCCAUCGUUUGCAGCUAAAGGCAAGGGAGUUCUACUCAAUGGCCAAGUGAUCACAAAUGCAGCGGAUUUGCGUGCCAACGUACAGCAUAAUAUCGGACCCGAUAUCAUCGCCCGGGUGACGAAUCCCAAACCGGACACUUUUCAAGGCUUUGGGACAAGUGGCAAUAACGCUGCAUUUCGAAGCAGUCGUUUUUUAAAUCCGCAUGAGAUAGCGAAAAACGAACGAAGAAAACGACUGUGUCGAAUAUUUGAAUUGGUGCAAAAAGCUCGCAAAGUUCUACCCGAACUCUUUGACAAAAAGUCUGACGAUAGUAUUAUUAGUGAGGAAAGCUACAAUACACUGUUACUAUUGUUCGAUAAUUUCGACGAUGAUAUAAGGCAGUUCGCUCUCCAGUUGACAGCUACAUUCCUUAAGAGAUAUAGAGAUGGUCUACAUGAGAAGCUUCAGUUUUAUAUAUCUUCAGAGUCAGUGCUUUAUAGGAUUGGUACUCAUAUACUGCGCAAGUAUCCCUCGUUCACUGUAGAAAAACUGGAAAGGAAAGAGGAGAAAAUAAUGGAUGCCAUCUAUGAAUACUUCAUAUCAUUAAAUCCCAACAAUUAUCAGGGUAGAUUAAAUAGGUGUGAUGUCUGCGGAUAUUUCUAUCAAAUUUGCGAAUUGUGAAAACAAAUAUAAAAUCUAAAAUAAUAAAUGUGAAAUUUCAGUUUCGAUUUCGUUAAAUUUAACGUUUGGGUGUAGAGUAUUUUAAUAAUAUUUUCUUUUAAUUUGUGUGAAUAAUAAAACAAUACAAUUUUUUGUGGAUCA